AAGAUUUCAACUCCUUAUGAUGCUAAACAUGUUGCCCAUGUCGGUGUGGAUAAAGAUGGUCAAUAUACUGGAUUACCUGAAGAAUGGGAAAAAUUGUUAACAUCAAGUGGUAUAACGAAAACUGAACAACAACAACAUCCUCAAGCUGUUAUGGAUAUUGUGGCUUUUUAUCAAGAU